AUGGCUCAAUUUGAUACGAUAUCUUCUAUCGACUUGAGUGGGAGUCCUGGAUAUAUGUACCCAGUACAUUUCGGUGGCCUAGCAAGGAGACACUCGAACCGUAUCACUAAGAUCCCCAGCGCUGGAAACAGCCCCCGAAACUGUGUGAGAGGAGAUAUAAUGCCCAAGAGUGGAUCGCAUCGUCGCUUUUCCACCCAAAGUGACAAGCUAGCGGCAAGCUUUUAUGCUGCUCUCCAGAAGGCAACUGCAUCACGUCUCGAUCUAGCACCCAUGCCGAGCUAUCAACUUGCUCUCCCUUUGGCAAUACCUCCGACGACAAAGGAGGAUGUUUCAGCAAAUGCCCAAGUUACGGCUGCAUCCGACAGCUUCAUGGACUGGGGAUUUGCUGAGAUGUCAGCUCUUGCCAACAAUCAAGCCCAAUUCGAAACGAUUUCUACCCAGUCACCGUUUGACGGUUAUUUACCGCCACAACAGCCCGUGUGUUAUCAAGAGCCUGAACCGGAGUCUGACUGGCCGACAUAUAUACCUAUGGUAUCAUCAACUUCGAUCGACUCUGAGUAUUCUCAUUCACCACGAGCGAAUACGCCUCUAAACUGUCGCGUUCCGGUAUCCAGAGAUACUACAGCAGCUUCCUCGCCAGAACUGUUUUCAUACCGAGAGUUUCCUGAACCGAAAACCCCUCCAUCAUUCUCUUCGGAAAGCACCAACAAAUCAGAGGAGGUCCUUGUCGGAGUUGGUUUAUAUGAUGAGCCCGAUGCCGUCUCGUGGGAUGAAUCAUCGAGACCAAAUCAUUAUAGGAUUGGUGCCAUUGGUGGUCCUUUAUUUAGAGCCGAGCCACUGGUUGGAAAAGGACUGAAGUUGGAGGAGACUUUCAGUCCACCCCCUCUCGAAAGCGACGACGAUGACGACGCGAAGUCUGAAACUGGCUAA